AUGUACAUGUAUACCAACUCUGGGGGCCAGGACCUGCCAGGGACCAGAGGGGAGGAGGAGGAGGAAGAUGGUGAUGAUUAUGAGAACAUGGCGCCACCCUACAAGGAUCUUCCUCCCAAGCCAGAUUCAAUGGCUCCACCAAGGCCUCCGAGAGCAGGAAAGAAAAUGGAGAACCCCCCACUUCCCUGCAAGUCCCCAAAGAUCAAAGGCCUGGACCUCACCCCUGUCCCGCGCACGUCUCCGCAACUGGUAACUCCAGUGACCCACCUCAGUCAGAAGUCCAGGUGUCCUGGGUGCUACCAGGAGGAGAGACUGGUGGUGUACCUGUGCCUGCUGGUGGUGGUGUCACUGCUCCUGGGCUGCACUGGUCUGGCUGUGACCCUGAUUAAGUACCAGGAGAUGGUGGAAGAGCUGAAGAUAUUAACCUUUCAGCAGAUGGCAUGGCAAGCAAAUGUGACUGGCACGGCGGGGAUAGCUGGCCUGAAGAAGGACAUUGACCACAUAAGAACUUACACCAACCAGUCCCUAGUAGAACUUCGGGGCUUAUUAGACUGUACCAAGGUCACCUGCCCGGAGGGUUGGCUGCUCUUUGAGGGAAAGUGUUACUACUUCUCCCCAACCACCAAGUCAUGGGAUGAAGCCCGGAAGUUCUGCCAGGAGAAUUACUCUCACUUGGUCAUCAUCAGUAGCUUUGCUGAACAGAACUUUGUGGCCAAGGCUCAUGGCUCUCCACGGGUGUACUGGCUGGGGCUGAAUGACAGGGAGCAUGAAGGGGACUGGAAGUGGCUGGAUGGGUCACCUGUCACUCUGAGCUUUUGGGACCCAGAGGAACCCAACAACAUCUAUGAUGAGGACUGUGCCAGCAUGAACAAAGGUGGCACCUGGAAUGACCUCUCUUGUGACAAGACUACAUAUUGGAUCUGUGAGAGGAAAUGUUCCUGUUGA